CUGUUCAGGCAUGGUAUGCUGACUCAGGGAAGCCUCAGCAUCAGGGAGUGCCGCCUCUGCCCAUUGGUCCAGCAGUUGAUGAGCUGUGGGCCAGUCUGGAUAAAAGCUGGGUCUGCACAGAGCUCACCCAAACACUGCUCUGGCCUCCUUCUCCUUGGGAACAGGUCUCUGCCCUCUUGCAGAGCUCCAUCCCAUCCCACCAAGAUGUCUUGCUACGACCUGUGCCCACCAAAAACCAGCGUGGCCGUGCCCCAGCCCAUCGCCGAGAGCUGCAACGAGCUGUGCGCGCGCCAGUGCCCCGACUCAACGGCCUUCAUCCAGCCACCGCCCGUCGUCGUCACCUUCCCUGGCCCCAUCCUCAGCUCCUUCCCCCAGCAAGCCGUGGUGGGCUCCUCCGGAGCACCCGCCUUUGGGGGCUCCCUGGGGCUGGGGGGCCUCUACGGCGCCGGGGCCACUCAGGGCUCGGGGGGCCUCUGCACCUUUGGCAGACGCUAUGCUUCUCCUGCCUGCAGCCCCUGCCCACUGCCCCGCUACAGCAGGAAGUUCUGGAACACCUGCGGGCCCUGCUAAGCCCAGGCCUGGACUUCCUCUCCUCCAUCUUCCUUAUCCUGUGCAUGAACACAUGAUGUCUACAUUGCCCUUCAUUGUUCUUUCUGUGCCUUGUGCUGACUGCAGUGUUGGAGAAGCCUGAAGAAGCACUUCUCCUGAUGCUCCAGGUUUCUCCUGCCUCCCUGGGCCUCAUACACAUCUGUGGUGUUCAUUCUUUCCUGUCUUCACAAUAAAAUAAGCUUGCAUCCAA